UCCUGGGGGGACAGGCUCACAUCAGACGGCGUCACUGCGCUCACUUCUUCUCUCCAGCAUGCUUCUCUCGCUCUGCCUGAGCGUUUCCGUUAUCUUCUUUUCCUCUUCGGGUUUUGCCAUGGAGAUGAACCAGACCUCCAAGCUGCUGGGGGAGAGCGGAGAGCAGUGUUCGGCCUGCGACUUCCGGGAGCACAGCAAGCAGAUGAGGCUCCACAGCAUCAAGUCGCAAAUCCUCAGCAUCCUACGGCUGGAGCAGGCGCCCAACAUCAGCCGCGAUAUGAUCCGCCAGCUGAUCCCCAAAGCGCCUCCUCUGACACAGCUGCUGGACCAGUAUGAUCCGCGGGUGGAGGACGAGGACCACGCAACCACGGAGACCAUCAUCACAAUGGCAACGACGCACAAUCCAAUCGCCCAGGACGAAUUGUCCUGUUGUCUGUUCAGUCUCAGUCCAAAGAUUCAGCCCAAAAACAUCCUGAGUGCUCAGCUGUGGGUUCACCUGCGGCCUGCCGACGUGGUUACCACCGUCUUCCUGCAGGUCUCCCGCCUCAAACCUGGCAAGGAGGGAAACAGCACCCGCGUCCGGGUUCGCUCCCUGAAAAUUGACACUGACGCUGGUGCUGGCUCCUGGCAGAGCAUCGACAUCAAGUCUCUGCUGCAGGCUUGGCUGCGUCAACCAGAAACCAACUACGGCAUAGAAAUCAAAGCCUACGACUCCAAAGGAGAAGAUCUGGCCGUUACUUCAGCAGAGCCUGGAGAGGAAGGACUGCAACCCUUCAUCGAGGUCAAGAUCCUCGACAACCUCAAGAGAUCCCGUCGUGACUCGGGCCUCAACUGUGAUGAAGAGUCUGUGGAGACACGCUGCUGUAGAUACCCACUCACCGUUGACUUUGAGGAGUUCGGGUGGGACUGGAUUAUCGCGCCCAAACGCUACCGAGCAAACUACUGCUCGGGGGAGUGUGAGUUCCUGCACCUGCAGCAGUACCCACAUGCACACCUGGUGAACAAGGCUAACCCACGGGGUACAGCUGGGCCCUGCUGCACGCCCACCAAGAUGUCACCCAUUAACAUGCUCUAUUUCAACCGCAAGGAGCAGAUCAUCUAUGGAAAGAUCCCCUCCAUGGUGGUUGACCACUGUGGCUGCUCUUGAGGAUAUCAGGCAUCCUUGAGGAUGAAAUGUCUAACAGAAAUGAUGCAAAGAUUUCAAAUAUUGCACUUUUUUUUUUUUUUUCAGUUUGAUUUAGUAGUUUAAGAAAAGCAGCCAAUAAACAGGUUCCGAAGAUGCUAAAAAACCUCCAAAACAAUGAAAUAAGUCAUUUCAGUUAUUCAGUUUUGGUCUUUGUUUUCUAAUCCAAACAAAAAUUGACCAAACAGGAUGCAAACACGCAUCAAAAACAAACCAACAGCGAGCCCAGAAAUGCUCAAAAGUCGCACAAAUUUAUUCAUAUAAUGAUUGCUUACUUUUUGUAUAUGUAACUGCUGUGCUAUAAACCUGUAAAUUCAAACAGUAAAAACAAUUUAACACAGCAUUUAAGCAUUUUAAGCAUUUAACACAUUCAGUAGAUACAGAGUAAGAAGAUCAUUCAUUUUAUGUCCGAAUGUAAAAUGAGGCAAUGCAACCAAAGUUUUUUUAAAAAUGUAUUUCAACAGAAAGACAAUUUCAAAUGUGCAAAAAGAGCAUUUAGACAAAAAUCUAAAUAUAUUAAAUGCUAAAUAUAUCUAAUAUCUCAUACAUAUAUAUAACGCAUUUAGGCAGGAUUCAAAACUGAAUACAAGAGUAAAAGUUAGUAAAAGUAUAGUAUUACAAGUGACUCUUUUAGGACAGUUUUUGUUCUCCUCUGGGAAAAUGUAUUUUUAGCUGCUAAAUGCUGCACUAUGAUCUCUAACUGUGUGUGUGUGUGUGUGUGUGUGUGUGUCUGCUGUUAGCUUUGUAGAGCUUUUUUUCUCUUUAAACUGCUCCAUGAGGAGUGCUAAUCAAAUAGUGAAGUUUAAACCAUAACAGUUUUUACACAACCUUUACAAAUAGUCAUUGACUAUAUUGUUAUACAAGACUUAUUAAAUAUAAGCUAUUGUUUUUAGUAUAAUCUUUAAGGCUUUUGAGAUAAUCACUGUUAAUAUAUUCACUUUUUCAGAAAAUAACAGAAGAUGCAGUCUUACACACAUAUAUCUUUUUUUCAUAUAUCUUUUUUUUAACGGUGUGUAUACCCACUUUCAGGCCUUUUCGCACAUUAAAGUGUGAGGCAAUGUUUGAACAUGAAUAUCUCAAAAUAUUAACAAUAAAAGCCUAAAAUAUUCACUGGUAUUCCUUACCAUCAGAAUAAUUCAGGUAAAUUGGGACAGAGUCAUUAAUAAAUGUCUGAGUAUUGGCUGGCUAAAAUGCAAAAAAUGCCCCAUAUUUGAAUGCACGCUAUUAAAAAACUUUACAUUGCAAAAGAAAACUAGUGACAAUUUUUGAAUGAUAUAUAGUUAUAUUUUACAAUAAUGAAAAGUAAAAUGUAAAGUAUUCUUUAACAUUAAAUUGUUAGUCACAAAAACGAAAAAAAUUCUUGUUUUUAAAAAUUAGAAUACCAUCUGGAAGCACCAGAAUUUUUGAUGUAUUCAAAUUUUGAUCUGGACUAGCUGCUCGAUUCAAUAUGGAAUUUGAAUGAAAAAAAAAAAAAAAGUAAAUAUCUAAAAGUAAGUAAUUGCCAUAUAAAGAUGAAAUUUCACAGCAGUCAUUUUAUAUGUCCAAACGUUGGGCCAUUAGUUUAUUAUGCAAUUCGAAGAUGAUCAAAAUUAGUCAUUUUUUAAUGAAUCUGUCCCAAAUUAAAGAUCCUGAUUCAUUUUCAUGGUAAAUGUGAAGCUGAAAUUUAACAGCAAUCACAAACUCAAAGUCAAACUUUGGGCCAUAAAAGUUUUAUUUAAAAGAUGGUUGAGCAGAUGAAGGACCCCUGUGUAACUCCCUGAUGAAGGCAUCUUUGCUGAAAUUAGUUUUGUAGGUUAAAACUAAUUUCAUCAUGUUUAAUUGUUAUUUACAGAGUGCUUUGCAGAGCUUGGAUAUGUAAGUAGUUUAACUGGCUGAAGCCACAGAGUUUGGCUCUUCGAUUACUUACAUACUAACUGCAUUAAUUCAAACUUGGCCAUGUUUAAUAUGAACAUUCACCAUUCAAAUGGGAUAAAUAUAGCAGGAAAUAAGAAAAAGCAGAAUAGGCCACCUUUGAAGAAAAACAUGGCUUAUCCAGCUGUUACUUUUCAGCUACAGUAUUGUGCACGAUCAGAAAUCUGUAUUAUUGUUAAUGUUACCUUCAUAUCUCCAGUGUUUGUUAAAUGUUCUGUAUGCACAUAAAAAUGCAUUUUUAACUUAAUCAGCACUUUGUACUUUGGUGGACUCACUAUGGGGGUCUAAAUACAGUAAUAUCAGAUAAUCAUAUGUGCAAAUGUCUGGAAUUUUCUGCCAUCCUAACUCAACUUUCACACAAAACACGACUUUCAGACUCAGUAGAUGAGCCCCUGCUGCUUCCCGUCCUAUUUUAUGAAAUCGUGUCCUGAUAUGAGCCUUGACCAGACCAAACCCCGCAGGGCAUCCAUGUGCGCCUCUAUUUUGAAAAACAUGAACUGAAUGACUCUGAUCUGACACUUUGUCCCUCUCCCUGUUCCAGCGCUCAUUUUAGAGGAAAAGAGUUGCUCUUUUUUUCCCUUUCCCUUUUCUUUUUCUUUUCUUUUUUUUUUUUUUUGAGGACGUUGUUGCAGGUGUUAUUCAGUGUUGGAAUUUUAUUCUGCUGUUGUAUUUUUGUUGUGGUGGAUUGUGUGCAGAGACUUUGUCACGUGUUAACUGGAGGCAGGAGAAAAAGCUAUUGUGGGGUAAUAUGGAGUGAAGAUUUGUCAUAAAUGAAUAUAGUCUCUUUAUUCUGAGUCUAAACGUUGAAUGUAAUCACUGCCUUAUAAAGUACUGUCACAUUUUGGUACAUAAUUUCUUUGCCAUGUUCUCUUCGUUGAGCUUUGUGACUUCAGUAUUUAUUUUUUAUCAGCAGAAUUAGCUUUGAGAAGUCCCAGUGUACUGACACAUACUAAAGUGCAGUACUGUGCAAAAGUCUUGUGAAACUCCUCAUUUCCUUAUAUGGUGCUAGGAAAAAGGGAAAUAUAUCAUUUCUUCAGGAAUAGGAAAGUAGUCUUCAGGAAUAGUUCUUCAUGCUUCCUGAACAACAUUCAAAGCUCUUCUUUGGAUAUUUCUGCCUUUCGUUGUUAUACUAGGAUCUAGGAAAUCUAGGAUCUGUUUGGGAUCUGUGUCAGGUCUUUGCUGGAUUAUGUUCCUUUUAUUUAGGGACAUGAAUAUACAUUGCUAGGCUUGAUACUUCUGCUUUUGUCCUCCCCUUGUCCAGUUUCCUCAACUUUUUAGGGAUACGCUGCACACCAUCCUGAGAUAUGUGAAGUUUUCUGCUGACAGUAGUUUAUUAUAAG